GUAAAUUGAAAAAGUAAUGCAACGUGUUCAUAGAUUUCAUUACAAUAUCAUGUGUAAGCCAUAAAUGUGUUUCAAACUUUAAUACGUGAGAAUAAUAGGAAUGAUAAACAAUUAGAAAAUUAUCCAGCAGAGUAUGUUCUCUUAGUUUUCUCGAUAUCCGGCGGAUAUAAGUCGUCAGCCAUCUUGCUAGCAAUAUUUCGGCGCUCGGCCAUUUUUGUUGCGUCGACGUCAAGUGUGGCCAGAGGCCUUUCAUCGUAGCCAGUCUUCGAAUUUCCUUUGUAUCGAAUUAUCGACAGAUAAAAACUGUAAUUCUAACUACUUGGCUUAGUCGACAAGUUUCGUUUGUAGCUCAGGAAGAAACGAAAGGAGAGGAAAAAGGAUUGAACAAUUGAAAUUUUUUGCUUAGUGAUUGUCUAGGCGAAUAAUAGUUAAAGAGCUUCUGCGGCAGAGCCACGAAAAAUACGCACCGAGGCGGAGUAAUAUGAGUAAUGCAGCCAACCAGAAUGGAUCAGGUCUAGAGCAGCAGUUAGCUGGUCUGGACUUGCAGGGCUCCCGCCAACCAAGUGGGGGUCGCUACGUACCACCGCAUUUACGAAAUAAAUCUGGAAGUAACGCGCCUUCUGGCGGAGAUCAUCAUUUUUCUUCCAACUCAAGACCGUAUUCUGACAGAGAUAGAGGAAGAGAUCGUGAUCGUGAAAGGGAAAGGGAAAGAGAUCGUGAUAGAGGAAGAGGUGGUUCAGGUUAUAGAGAUACGCGCUCUCGUGAUGUCGAUUUUGGAAAUUUCGGAAAUUUUGGUGGGCGCACUAGACGUAGUGCCAAUCAAGAAAAUGGAAGAGAUUAUAGAUAUUCCAAUUCAGACCGUGAACGAGAUCGAGAUCGCACGGUUAACUCUGGAAACGAUCGUUGGCAAGAACCUAGAAACGAUCGCUGGCCAGACAACAGAAAUGAUCAUAGAAUGGGAGGCGGUCGAUGGAAGGACGACAGAGAAGGAGGUAGGACGAAUUCUGAAAUCGACUGGACAAUACCCACUUCCAGAGAUGAGCGAUUGGAGGUGGAACUAUUUGGUACUGGAAAUACUGGUAUUAAUUUUAGUAAAUAUGAGGAUAUCCCAGUUGAGGCUACUGGGGAUAACAUACCUCCACACAUCACAUCUUUUGACGAAGUUAAGCUGACGGAGAUAAUAAAGAAUAGUAUUAUGGCUGGUUAUGAUAAACCCACACCAGUACAGAAGUAUGCGAUACCGAUUAUUAUCGGGCGCCGUGAUGUUAUGGCCUGUGCCCAAACAGGGUCUGGUAAAACAGCGGCCUUUUUAGUGCCAAUAUUAAAUCAGAUUUAUGAAAGCGGGCCACGUCCACCACCAAUUAAUUCUUCUGGAAAGCGCAAACAUUUUCCUCUUGGUCUAGUAUUAGCACCUACAAGAGAGCUUGCCACGCAAAUAUAUGACGAAGCACGGAAAUUUGCAUAUAGAUCACGUAUGCGCCCUGCUGUUGUCUAUGGUGGUUCGAAUAUUGUAGAUCAAAUGCGAGAAUUAGAUCGUGGAUGUCAUUUACUUGUUGCAACACCUGGUCGCCUUGUAGAUAUGUUAGGUCGUGGUAAAAUCGGAUUACAUAAUUGUCGAUAUUUAGUAUUGGAUGAAGCAGAUCGUAUGUUGGAUAUGGGUUUCGAGCCACAAAUAAGACGUAUAGUUCAGGAGGACACAAUGCCUCCCACGGGAGAAAGACAAACACUCAUGUUUUCAGCUACAUUUCCAAAAGAAAUUCAAAUGUUGGCAAGAGAUUUUCUUAGUAACUAUAUCUUUUUAGCUGUAGGCCGUGUUGGUUCUACAUCUGAAAAUAUUACUCAGAAAAUUGUAUGGGUGGAAGAACAUGAUAAGCGUUCUUAUUUGCUUGAUCUUCUUCAAGCUAGCAAUUUUUCAGAUCCUUCUGCCGAAUCAUUGACUUUAGUAUUUGUGGAAACAAAAAAAGGUGCAGAUAUGUUAGAAGAAUAUUUACAUCAAAUGGGAUAUCCGGUCACUAGCAUUCAUGGUGAUCGAACACAGCGUGAACGAGAAGAUGCUUUACGUCGUUUUCGAGCUGGUAAAGCGCCAAUACUUGUUGCUACUGCUGUUGCUGCCCGUGGACUUGAUAUUCCACAUGUAAAACAUGUGAUAAAUUUCGAUUUACCCGGAGAUGUAGAAGAGUAUGUUCAUCGGAUUGGUCGUACUGGUCGUAUGGGAAAUUUAGGUUUAGCAACAUCAUUUUUCAACAAUAAGAAUAUUAACUUAGUACGUGACUUGGUAUCUCUCCUAGUUGAAGCUAAUCAAGAACUUCCACCUUGGUUAGACGAUAUGUUUAGUGAAGCAAGAUAUUCUGGAGGUGGAUCUCGUCGAGCUGGAAGUACUAAAGGCCGAUUUAGCGGUGGAUUUGGUGCUAGAGAUUAUCGUCAGCAACCUAGCUCCGGGUCUGCUCGCAAUAAUGGUUCCUCCAAUAGGCCUGGUAGUUAUGGAGGAAGUUACGGAAAUUAUGGAGGUAACUAUAACAAUUCAUCGUAUAAUAAUUCUGCUAACAACGUCAACAGUAAUGAUCCUGAUUGGUGGGACAAGUAAAUCAUUAUCACCAUCUCUAUUUUCACUUUUAUCAUUAUUACUACUGUACACGUAAAUUCAAAUAUAUGUAAGAAAGACACGUACGACAUACACAUCGGAUACAACACGCACGUAUUUGCGCGUGUAUACGUAUACAC